CGAUCCCCAGUCAUUCUUCAAGUCUCUCUCCCUCUCUCUCUCUCCUCACGGUCAUCUCCUCUGCCUUUAUUCCCUCGAAUUCUCUUCAGAUUCGUUGCUUUCCUUCAAAUCCUCAGCAAACCCACCAUUGCCACCACCACCACCGCUUCUCCUUUUCCAACCCAAAAUCCAACCUUUACACCCACAAUUCCUCCUCUCUCUCUCUCUCUCCAAGGUACUAUAUAAAUAAUCUUUCCUUGAUGUCCUGCAAUCGAGGAUUUAGGACUUGGUGCCUUUCCUUUCUUUCUUGAUUGAGCUUUGAUGGGCGUGGUCUGAAGCUCGAUUCCGGCGAGAUUUAGAGCUUUUCUUCGGCGAUCAGCGAAAAAGGUGUCUGGUUUACGUUGUCCCAGAAGGAAGGGUGCGGCAUGGAUAAGUACGAGGUAAUCAAGGAUAUAGGAUCGGGCAAUUUCGGAGUUGCCCGGCUCAUGAGGAACAAGGAGACCAAAGAACUCGUUGCCAUGAAGUACAUCGAGCGUGGUCGCAAGAUUGACGAGAAUGUGGCCAGAGAGAUUAUUAAUCAUAGAUCGCUCUGCCACCCAAAUAUCAUUCGCUUCAAAGAGGUGAUUUUGACGCCUACCCAUCUUGCUAUUGUCAUGGAAUAUGCGGCGGGGGGUGAGCUCUUUGAGAGAAUCUGUAAUGCUGGAAGAUUCAGCGAGGAUGAGGCCAGAUAUUUCUUCCAGCAGCUCAUCUCAGGAGUUAGCUUCUGCCAUGCCAUGCAAAUAUGUCAUAGAGAUUUGAAGCUGGAGAACACCCUCUUAGAUGGAAGCCCCGCUCCGAGACUUAAAAUUUGUGAUUUUGGGUAUUCUAAGUCUUCUGUGCUUCAUUCAAGACCUAAAUCCACAGUCGGAACUCCAGCAUACAUUGCACCUGAGGUUCUCUCUAGGAGGGAAUAUGAUGGCAAGUUGGCAGAUGUUUGGUCCUGUGGGGCGACUCUUUAUGUGAUGCUUGUGGGAGCAUACCCUUUUGAAGACCCAGAAGAUCCUAAAAACUUCAGAAAGACUAUUAAUCGGAUCAUGGCUGUUCAGUACAAAAUCCCUGAUUAUGUUCACAUAUCUCAAGAUUGCAGACAUCUCCUUUCGCGCAUAUUCGUUGCAAAUCCAUCAAGGAGAGUCACCAUCAGAGAAAUCAAGUCUCACCCAUGGUUUGUAAAGAACUUGCCGCGCGAAUUAACGGAGGCAGCUCAAGCAAAGUACUACAGAAAAGAAAACAUAAGCUUGCCGCGGGAAUCAACGGAGGCAGCUCCAGCAAAGCUUAGAAAAGAAAACCCAAGCUUCUCCUCUCAGAGUGUCGGGGAGAUUAUGAGAAUUGUGGAAGAGGCCAAAAGACAGGCUCCACCACCGCACUCCCGCAGGAGCUUCGGCUGGGAAGAGGACGAAGAUGGCGAUGCAAAGGAGGAAGAUGCGGAAGAAGAAGAAGAAGAAGAUGAUGAUGAAUACGAUAAGAGGGUCAAGGAGGUGCAUGCUAGCGGAGAAAUCCGCGUCAUUUAAUACAUCCGUUUUUCUCUCAGUAUAGGUCUAUAAGCUAUUGAAUGGGCAUCUAUAUAGACGAAGGUGAAUGUUUGCAUCUGAAGGAAGAGAGAUGUCGGCUUGGCAAUUAGAUCCUGAUGUCUAAGUGUGUGUGUAAAUUGGUGGUGUUAUGUAAUGAUGAUUUACGCUGCUGGUUGCGUAUGCGGUGGGUAUGGAGGACAUAAAAGAGUUUGUAAGCUUAACCUUGAAGCUGUGAGCUUGUAGUGAUUUGUUAACAAGGCUAAAUACUGAACGGCCGAGCGCCUCUUGCUGUUGCUAUCA